AUGGCCCUGUUGACGGCAGUGUCUCGGGAAGGUGUUGUUCGUAGACAGUCGGGGACGAAGUCGAUAAACCCUCACUUUGCCAAACCACACCCCAUCACAUUGCUACCCUCGAACCGAUGGGAUGAUUCCGGCAACGUAGCAACGUUGCCUGUAGUCUUUUGUUCGAAAAAUCCAACGUCGACGAGGACCAAAGACGAUAAUUGUGACCGUAAACUGAUGUUUGUACAUUUUUCCGAAUAUUUCAAAAUCUACAGCGAAACUUCGUUCUUUUGGUACCCUAGAAACGAAUUUUCUCAAAACUUGAACUUAAAAAUUUAA